CUGAAUUGGAACCCAAAUAGUGUCAUCGGCCCGCAGAUAAGCGAGGGCAUGGAUCUUCAAGAAUUCGGACCUCAUCAGCUCCAUUGUGUCCAACGUCACCCUACCACAAUAAUGCUUCCUCGAUAAUAGCAUGGCCAAGGCCAAAGCGAACACCACCCGUAAGGAUGGCGAGAGUACAGCAGAUCCAGCGCAUGAGGAAGACCGUGGCCUCCUAUCCCGCAACUCCUCUGACGACGACGAAGACUUAGUGGUACACCCCGGCCGCGACAGCUCUCCAGAACCUCGAACUCCUCGAACUCCGAACCGUGUACGAUUUGACCUGCCUCCAGCUCUAGAUACAGAUGUACACAGCAAUGGCGCGCCCCCUCCCUACAACGAUACCCCCCUCUCCGGACGCCGCGAUCCCCGCCCUCAAGCUUUCGUCCCUCUGCUUACCGACAUUGAAGCACCAUCGGUCACUCUCGCAGCAAGUCCUUGGGGCGACGACGAUGUGCAUGAAUGGGCUGAGAGGGAACGUCUGCGACCGAAAUCAGGGCUGCGGUCCGCAUUCAUGAAUAUGGCGAAUUCGAUCAUAGGCGCGGGAAUUAUUGGACAGCCUUACGCCUUUAAACAAGCUGGGCUCCUGACAGGCAUCAUAUUGCUUAUUGGGCUCACAAUCACGGUGGACUGGACGAUACGAUUGAUUGUAAUCAAUAGCAAGUUGAGUGGGAGUAAUAGCUUCCAAGGCACGGUAGAGCAUUGCUUCGGCAGGACAGGGUUGAUUGCCAUUUCGGUUGCACAAUGGGCAUUUGCUUUUGGGGGCAUGGUGGCGUUUGGCAUAAUCGUGGGAGAUUCAAUUCCGCACGUUUUGGCGGCGGUGUUUCCAGGCUUGGGCGACAUACCGGUUUUGGGGCUUUUGACGAAUAGACGGGCGGUCAUUGUCAUUUUCAUACUGGGCAUCAGCUAUCCUCUGAGCUUGUAUCGGGACAUUGCGAAGUUGGCAAAAGCGAGUACACUGGCGUUGAUCAGCAUGGUCAUCAUUCUAAUUACAGUUGUAACCCAAGGAUUCAUGGUACCGAAGGAGUCAAGAGGGUCUUUCAGCACGCCGCUAUUGACAAUCAACAGCGGGAUAUUUCAAGCGAUCGGGGUCAUAUCUUUCGCGUUCGUCUGUCAUCAUAAUUCCCUUCUCAUCUACGGCUCUCUCAAGACCCCUACGAUAGAUAGAUUCGCCCGUGUAACUCACUACAGCACGAGCAUCUCCAUGGUAGCAUGUCUACUCAUGGCUCUUGCGGGCUUCCUAAGCUUCGGCUCCCUCACCCAAGGCAAUGUACUCAACAACUUCCCUUCCGACAACAUCAUGGUGAACAUUGCCCGCCUCUGUUUUGGGCUUAACAUGCUCACCACACUCCCGCUGGAGGCCUUCGUUUGCCGCGAAGUCAUGUUCAACUACUGGUUCCCGGGCGAACCAUUCAACAUGAACCUCCAUCUCAUAUUCUCAACCUCACUCGUCGUCAGCGCCAUGACGCUUAGUCUCAUCACCUGCGAUUUGGGCGCUGUGUUUGAGCUGAUUGGAGCUACGAGUGCUUGUGCUCUCGCUUAUAUUCUACCCCCAUUGUGUUACUUGAAACUUAGUACGAGGAGUUGGAAGACUGCACCAGCUGUUGCUUGCGUGGCGUUUGGUGGAGCCGUGAUGUGUAUAUCACUGGUUCAGGCCGUUAUGAAAAUGAUACGGAAUGAAGGAGGUGUAGCACGAUGCCAAUAGCUAGAUGGACGAUAUUUACAAUAGAAUGUAAGAUACGAAGAUACGACUUGUUAACACCUGUUUGUUUGCGUUUGCUACUCCCGUUCUUUCAUCUUUGGGGACAAUCAUCAUUUGAACAUAUUUCCAACACCCUUUUGCUGCCCAGUCAAAGAUUGUCUCUGUUCGUCACUAUUCGUGGACAUAGCUGUUCGAUUUCAGCUUAGCCAAAGCUCCGUUCCGCUGCAAGAUCGACAGAUGACUUCUCGAAUUCUCCUUGAUAUUCUCUCGAGACAUUGACGAAAAUCCUAGGACGGAGUUGUAUCGACUAUCCGCUUCUUUAUUAUCAUGAAGUCUACGUUCAAUGAUCAUGUAAUUCGCCUCUGCUAACCAAGCGACAUGGGCUCACG